AUGGCACAGGGAGGAACUCAGCUGGACUCUGAAAAAUUCUCCUGUUCCAUCUGUCUGGAUCUACUGAAGGAUCCAGUGGCUCUUCCAUGUGGUCACAGCUACUGCAUGAGGUGUAUUCAAAGCUGCUGGGAUGGAGAGGACCAGAGGAGAAUCUACAGCUGCCCACAGUGCAGACAGACCUUCACCCCAAGGCCUGUCCUGGUGAAAAACACCAUGUUAGCAGAGUUAGUGGAGGAGCUGAAGAAGACGGGACUCCAAGCUGCUCCUCCUGAUGGCUGCUAUGCUGGACCUGGAGAUGUGGCCUGUGAUGUCUGCACUGGGAGAAAGCUGAAAGCCCUCAAGUCCUGUCUGGUGUGUCUGGUCUCUUACUGCCAGCAGCACCUCCAGCCUCACAUUGAAUCUCCUGCCUUUGAAAACCAUAAGCUGGUCGACCCAUCCAAGAACCUGAAGGACAAGCUCUGCUCUCGUCAUGGUGAGGUGAUGAAGAUCUUCUGCCGCACUGAUCAGCAGUGCAUCUGUUAUCUCUGCUCCAUGGAGGAACAUAAAGGCCAUGACACAAUCUCAGCUGCAGCAGAAAGAUCGGAGAGGCAGAAAGGGCUCGGGGAGAGACGCAAAACAAUCCAGCAGAGAAUCCAGGACAGAGAGAAAGACGUGAAGGCGCUUCAGCAGGAGGUGGAGGACAUCAAUCGCUCUGCUGAUGAAGCAGUGGAGCAAAUCAGAUCGCAGCAGAAAGCCAAGGUGAGUCGGACCGAAGAACUGGAGGCGAAGCUGAAGCAGGAGAUCGCUGAGCUGAGGAGGAAAGACGUUGAGCUGGAGCAGCUCUCACACACAGAGGAUCACACACAUUUCCUGCACAGUUACCCCUCGCCGUCACGUCUCAGUGGAUCUACACAACUUCCCUGCACCGAUAUCCGCCCUCUGCACCGCUUUCAGGAUGUGACUGUGGCUUUGACAGAGCUCAGAAAUAAACUGCAGGGCGUUCUUAGUGAAGACAGGACUAAGAUCUCACUGACAGUGACUGAACCGGAUGUUUUACUGUCACAGACAGAACCCAAAACCAGAGCUGAGUUCUUACAAUAUUCAUGUCAAAUGACAGUGGACACAAACACAGCAAACAUUCAGCUGUUAUUAUCUGAGGGGAACAGAAAAGUAACAAGAACUUUAGGAAGACAGCGAUAUUCUGAUUACUCAGACAGAUUCACUGAACGCUGUCAGGUCCUGAGCAGAGAGAGUCUGACUGGACGGUGUUACUGGGAGGUGGAGUGGAGCGGGUUCAGAGUUUCCAUAGCAGUUACAUAUCAGGAUGUGAGCAGAAAAGGGAGGGAAAGUCGAUUCGGUUAUAAUGAAAAGUCUUGGGUAUUAGAGUGUCACAACAAUAAUUUUGAAUUCAUCCAUAACAGUGAGGAAACUCCCAUACAAGGCCCUGUGUCCUCCAGACUGGGAGUGUACCUGGAUCACAGAGCAGGUGUUCUGUCCUUUUACAGCGUCUCUGAAACCAUGACUCUCCUCCACAGAGUCCAGACCACGUUCACUCAGCCGCUCCACGCUGGGAUCUGCUUGUUUUAUCAUGAAUCCACUGCUGAGUUUUGUGAGCUCACAAAGACAGGUGUUAUGAUAGGAGCGAUGUGA